CCCGUACCCGCCUCUCCCGUUCAGGCCGCUGGUGGGAGCCAGGGCUCAGCGCGAGAGAGGGACGACGGAAGGGACCGCAGGUGUGGGCUCGGCUCGCGCAGCCCGACGGCUGGAGUGACGGGCGCUCUGCUUGGGCCGGUGAGGACUGACGGAGAUCUCCUCACAGCUGAGGAGGCGGAGCCGCGCGGGAGCUGGGCGCUCUGAGGCGACCCCGCGACCGAGCCAGAGGGACCUCGCGCUUCUCCCGGGGACGGUCCGAAGUCCGCGCUAUGGAAGAGGAGAAAUAUUUGCCUGAGCUGAUGGCAGAGAAAGAUAGCCUGGAUCCAUCUUUUGUGCACGCGUCGCGCCUUUUGGCUGAAGAAAUAGAAAAGUAUCAAGGUUCUGAUGGAAAAAAAGAAGAUGAAGAAAAGAAAUAUCUUGAUGUCAUCAGCAACAAAAACAUAAAGCUCUCAGAAAGGGUAUUGAUUCCUGUUAAACAGUACCCAAAGUUCAAUUUUGUGGGGAAAUUGCUUGGACCCAGAGGAAACUCCUUGAAGAGGCUACAGGAAGAAACAGGCGCUAAAAUGUCUAUCCUGGGCAAAGGAUCAAUGAGAGAUAAAGCAAAGGAAGAAGAAUUAAGGAAGAGUGGGGAAGCCAAAUAUGCCCACUUGAGUGAUGAACUUCAUGUAUUAAUUGAAGUGUUUGCGCCACCUGGGGAAGCUUACUCACGUAUGAGUCAUGCAUUGGAAGAGAUUAAAAAAUUCCUCGUUCCUGACUACAAUGAUGAAAUUCGUCAGGAACAACUGCGAGAAUUAUCUUAUUUGAAUGGCUCUGAAGAGUCUGGUCGUGGUAGAGGUAUUAGAGGCAGAGGAAUCAGAAUAGCUCCCACAACUCCUUCAAGGGGCCGUGGGGGUGCCAUUCCUCCACCACCACCACCUGGACGAGGUGUUCUCACCCCUCGUGGGACCACUGUGACACGUGGAUCUCUUCCAGUGCCCCCAGUAGCAAGAGGUGUGCCUACCCCUCGAGCUCGGGGGACCCCAGCUGUGCCAGGAUAUAGAGCACCGCCCCCUCCAGCUCAUGAGGCUUAUGAAGAAUAUGGGUAUGAUGAUGGUUAUGGGGGUGAUUAUGAUGACCAGAUCUAUGAGCCUUAUGAUAACAACUAUGGGACCCAAACACAAAGUGUGCCUGAGUACUAUGACUACGGUCACGGAGUAAGUGAGGAUGCCUAUGACAGCUACGCACCCGAAGAAUGGGCCACAACCCGCUCCAGCUUGAAGGCACCACCACCAAGGGCAGCCAGAGGGGGAUACAGGGAACACCCCUAUGGUAGAUAUUGAAGGGUCCUCCUCAACUGUGACCUCAAAGACAGUUCAUAGCCUGUGGUCUUCACACAAACAGCAACAAGACAAGUAAUAGUCCUUUUGUUUGUUUUUUCUAUUCUAGGGAUAACUGCUCAUGAUUGCUCUCAUAUUUCUUGUUAUUUCCCUCUAUACUAUUGGCGUGACAUUAACAGACUAUUUUACAAAACAAACUGAGAAAGACAUUGGCAAGCAUAGUCUAUUAACCCUUCAAUAGGAAGAUAUUUCCUUGGUUGCUUUUCCUUGUUGUGUAAUCUUAUUGUUUUUUGUUUGUUUUGUUUUUUUUUUUUAAUGAAAGAGCAUGAAUCUGCUCAAAGAUUGAGUCAAAAUCAAUUAGCCAAAUUUUGUUUAGGGCUGCUAAAAGAUUGUAACAUGACUUUUGAACUAGCUGAUAAUAAAGUUGUAGAUAAGAUGUUUUAAUCUGUCUUAACAUCUGUUAGCUAGAUGAGGAUGUUCGAUAUUCAGUUUGUAAAUUUAAUUUUAAAUGAUGCUUUAAUGGGGUUGAAAUCAAGUAGCUACUGUAAUGUAUGUAGCUUACUGAAUUUGUUCAGUGUUUUAACCUGUAUUUGUAAAAGAAAAAAACACACAUAAAGUUCCAUGUGUAAGCUUCUCUAAAUAGGAAACCACAUUUUGUCAAAUAUGUUUGCCAUAAUUUGUCAAUAAAGCUGAAAACUUUUGUAAAAACUAAAUUUGGAAUUACUUGUUUUUUAGCUUUAAAUGCCUGCUUUAUUUCUUCUUCAAGAGAUGCCUAAAAUGUUUUCUAUUUAAAAAUUACAAAAAUGAACCCAAGUUUGUUUUAAGAUAUUUGUGUAAUACUUAAAAAUGUAUUAAUAACUUAUGGUUGUUAAAUAACUUAAAAGUUAACAAACUAAACUGUUACAUGAACCAUGGUUAGUAAAGACUAAUGUAUAACAUGUUAAUGGAAAAAACUGGAUUUAGAAUAAUAAAUGGAUUUUAAACUAU